AUGAAUUUUUGUGGAUCAAAUCGUUCUAGUUAUCAGACUUUUUCUAUAAUAAAGCAAUACGAAAUUGACUAUACAGGAACAGAGCCUUCUAGUCCCUGCAACAAAUGUUUAAAUGUGUCCUGGGACAGCACACCACCUUGUACUUGCACCAUCAAUUUCACACUGGAACAUUCGUUUGAGAGCAAUGUAUUCAUGUAUUAUGGACUUUCCAACUUCUAUCAAAACCAUCGUCGUUAUGUGAAAUCUCGAGAUGACAGCCAAUUAAAUGGAGAUAACAGUUCACUACUUAAUCCAAGCAAGGAAUGUGAGCCUUACCGCACAAAUGAGGACAAACCCAUUGCUCCUUGUGGAGCUAUUGCCAACAGUAUGUUUAAUGAUACAUUGGAAUUAUAUCGCAUAGAUAAUGACACAAGGACUCCUAUUACUUUGAUUAAAAAAGGCAUUGCAUGGUGGACAGAUAAAAAUGUAAAAUUCAGGAAUCCUACAGGAGAUGGAAAUAACUUAACUGCGCUUUUCCAAGGCACAACAAAACCUGUAAACUGGCCCAAGCCAGUGUAUAUGCUGGACCCGGACCCUGACAACAAUGGAUUUAUCAAUGAAGACUUCAUUGUGUGGAUGCGUACUGCUGCUCUGCCAACGUUUCGCAAGCUGUAUCGUCUCAUUGAAAGGAAGAAUAACUUACAGCCUACCUUACAGGCUGGAAAAUACUCUUUGGAAAUUGCAUACAAUUAUCCUGUACACAGUUUUGAUGGACGAAAAAGAAUGAUCCUAAGCACCAUCUCGUGGAUGGGAGGCAAAAAUCCCUUCCUGGGAAUUGCUUACAUCACUGUUGGGUCCAUAUGCUUCUUCUUAGGAGUUGUAUUGCUGAUCAUCCAUCACAAAUACGGAAAUCGAAACACCAGUGCAGACAUUCCCAAUUAAUCUUGCAUUCUGAAAACAAAUGUACUGCAUGUGCAUCAAGGCCAGUCCAGAAUGGACCCAGUUUUUGAAAGAUAAAUCUCUGCUUCUGUCACUUCUGAGACUGGGUACAUAAUUUUGAUCUAAAGCUCCCCUUUCCCAUACUGUGGAUUAACUCUUGAAAAUGACGGGUAUACAAUUAGCUAUAUUGAUUGUAUCUCUGCCUAUGUCAGAAACAAUUUUUCUGAUACUUGCCUCUAACUAGGCAGGCCACAUGAUGCAUAUAGCUCCUGUUCCCUUGAUGCAUCUGCUGCUUGUUCAUGUGCUGUGUAAUGUCAGUAUGAUUCAGUACAUACAGGUUGUGUGGAGAAAGACUGUUAUACUGUAAACUGUUCACUUUCUGGAGUUCAGGUGUCAGUGCUGUUGAAAGGAAAAGUCAAGUCUUAAAUGUUUUUUCACUUUACUGUCUUGUGUGCAUGGGCUCUUACAUUUCUUGCUGAGAUUUUAAUAUAUUUAUAUAAGUUGUUAAAUAUUUUUCCUGUGUCCUACCCACCUCUGUUAUGUUAAAGGAUUUAAGUGCUGUGUAAA